AGUCCAUUGACCAAAUCUGAACACAUCGCCUUGGCAUAUUGACCCAAUUGAUAUUUAUCUUAUCCUAAAUCUCUAGCAUUAUGGCAUCGACAGACGAAAGCCAGCAGAACAAACCGGAAGGGGAAGCCGGAGAGAACCAACAACAAGAAACAAAUGACAUCCCACAACAAGAACAAGCUGGCGAGGAGCAGAAUGAUAACAACGAGACCGAACAGCAGCAGGAAAGCAACGAUGGUGUAGAGCAACAGGAGCAACAACAGCGAAAGGGUGACGACGAAGAGGCUCAAGAGAAGUCUGAGAAGACCGAAGACGGCCAAGACAGUCAGCAGGACCAGGACCAAGAGCAAACUGAGCAAGCCGAAGACAACAAGCCCUCGAACACAAACCGCUCGCCAUCACCAAAGAAGGAGCAGUCGAAGAAGGAGCAGCCAAAGAAGCAGCGUGGCGAAUCGAAGAAGCCACGCGGCGACUCUAAGCAGCGUGCCGAGCAGCGUGCCGAGUCUAGGCAGCGUGAUGCAUCGAAACAGCCAGAUGUUGCAACCGACGAAAAGCCGCGGAGAAGACGUCGCAACGCCCCAUCGUGGAUGAGCGAGAACGAAAACGCCCCAUCUAAUGACAAGCAGGUGGCUCCUCGCCGCAAGAAGCGAGAUCAGUCACAGUCACAGCAGCAACAGCAGCAGUAUCAGCAACAGCAGCAAAUGCAACAAUACCAGCAGCAGCAGUUCCAGAUGCAGCAACAGCAACAACAAAUGCAGCAGCCGAAGGAUGACGCCGGCAAGAACCCACUCAAGCUCCGAUUGGACCUUAAUUUGGAGAUUGAGGUUACCUUGAAGGCUCGGAUUCAUGGUGACCUGACUCUUGCUCUCUUGGAUGGCAUCUAAGUUCGUUUGCCCCGGCCUCCAAGCUACUAGAGGUAGGAGGCUUGAAAGUGCAUUUUGAAACUGCACCCGUGCCUGGUUCGGGUUAGUUUAGUU